AAGGGUUUAGAGGCUUUUAAUAUCCUCACUAAACACAAAGUUUUCAAUGAUGGUGACUCGUGGUUGUUCAAUCACGGUUUUGUCUCGCUUUCUUAUAGUUCUCCUGGUGAUACAGCUACACUUUGAGUGUACAACGGCAGCUCGACACGCACCGGUUGUUUCCUGGUCACCACCUGAGCCGCCUAAGGAUGAUUUUGUGUGGUACCACAAGAUCAACCGCUUCAAGAACAUAGAACAAGACGCAUUCCGACCAACCCACCAAGGCCCCAGUCAAGGUAUCGGACACAAGAACCCUCCAGGUGCUUCUUAAAAUACCAGUUGGUUACUUACUGCUUUAUCGCGCAGCGUUCGUCUGUUUUUCAAUCUCUGUUAUGUGUUGUCUUUACGUUGGUUAAAAGAAAAGAAAAGGAAAAAAGAAGAAGAAGGGAAGAAGUUUCAUAACAGUUUCUUGAGGAGAGGACAUGAACGUGAAUCGAUCAAGAAGAUGAGCUAAGAUUUGUUUUU